GAGCUGCCAACAGCCAGGACUCCAGGAUGCCAGCCCCUCAGUGCGCCUCCUGCCAGCAGGCACGCGCCGCCCUGCGCCGCCCGCGCUCGGGGCAGGCCCUGUGCAGCAGCUGCUUCUGCGCCGCCUUCGAGGCCGAGGUGCUGCACACGGUGACCAUGGGGCAGCUGCUGCCCGCCGGGGCCGUAGUGGCCGUGGGCGCGUCGGGGGGCAAGGACUCCACCGUUCUGGCGCACGUGCUGCGCGAGCUGGCGCCAAGCCUGGGCAUCACGCUGCAGCUGGUGGCGGUGGACGAGGGCAUCGGCGGCUACCGGGACGCGGCGCUGGCGGCCGUCCGCGAGCAGGCGGCGCUCUGGGAGCUGCCGCUCACCAUCGUGGCCUAUGCUGACCUGUUCGGGGGCUGGACCAUGGACGCCGUGGCCCGCAGCACGGCCGGCACCGGCCGCAGCCGCGCCUGCUGCACCUUCUGCGGGGUGCUGCGGCGCAGGGCGCUGGAGGAGGGGGCACGCCGCGUGGGAGCCACACACAUCGUGACCGGUCACAACGCAGACGACAUGGCCGAGACAGUGCUCAUGAACUUCCUGCGAGGCGACACGGGGCGGCUGGCGCGUGGCGGGGUGCUGGGCUCCCCUGGCGAGGGGGGCGCCCUGCCACGCUGCCGGCCGCUGCAGCUGGCCUCGCAGAAGGAGGUGGUGCUGUACGCGCAUUUCCGCCGCCUGCGCUACUUCUCCGACGAGUGCGUGUACGCGCCCGAGGCCUUCCGCGGCCACGCGCGCCGCCUGCUCAAGCUACUGGAGGCCGCGCGGCCAUCGGCGGUGCUGGACCUGGUGCACUCGGCCGAGCGCCUGGCGCUGGCCCCCACCGCGCGUCCCCCACCCCCAGGCGCCUGCACACGCUGCGGGGCGCUGUCCAGCCGCGAGCUCUGCCAGGCCUGCGCCCUGCUGGACGGCCUCAACCGCGGCCGGCCGCGCCUGGCCAUCGGCAAGGGCCGUCGGGGGCUGGACGAGGAGGGGCCGUCGGAGCCUGAGCCUGAUCCCGAGCCCAAGCCCAAGCCCAAGCCCGAGCCCGCCCUGGCCUCCCCGGCCCAGCUCACCUUCUAGGGGCC